GGCGAUUUUCUAGAUUGUUGGAAAUUCGAUUUUCUAUAAACUGGAAAAUCCCCACGGAAUUCCCAUAUGUACUCUUUGAAAUUCGCCGAGCAUUUUCCAUAAAUAAUUUCCAACCUUACAGUGUAUAAGUAUAAAUAACGUGAAUGACAUGAAUAUUCAGUUCAUUGACUGUAAGUCGAAUAUUUUUUAAACAAAGAAACUUACAGAACCUAAGACGCGUCAUUUUGUAGAGAAACGUUUGCUUUAUAAUUCUAGAUAUUCUACAUCUGUUCAUGUGCUUUCGUUAAAAAGAUAUCGGCAUUGCAAAAUGUCAACAUUUCGUCACUGAAUUUUAUCUGGCCAUGCCGUAUAAUUUCCAUAAAUCUGAGGGUUUGUGCCAACUACGCGAAAUGUAAUAUUAAAAUUUUGAGGAUUUGUAUGACUACACUGUAACGGUUUUAUGACAUCUGAACGACUUCUUGAGAUACAUUUCUUUAGCAUCGAAGGGUCUUUUAUUCAAACCAACCUCUAAUUCACGCCGCCCAAGAGCAAGAGGCGCUGUAUAUUCUUUCAUUCAUUAUAUAAACGCAGUAUACAGAGAACGAAAGAGAGAGAGAGAGAGAGAAGAAGAAGAAAGAGCUACCAGUCAAAUUUCGAUUUAUCAUCCAAUACAAUUCAAACGCUAAUACAAUUGGUGUUAAACAACAAUUUCUUCAAAUUUAAAGGAUAUUUCUUUAAACAGAUCAAAGGUACUGCAAUGGGUACAGCAUUUGUCCCACCGUACGCCAACAUUUAUGUUUUCAACAAUGAGAUCCAUCCUUUAUUUAACUAUAUUAAAAAAUAUCCGUCAUUUUCGUUUUAUUGAUGACGUCUUAGCAUUCGUUUUCUGUCAAUCAGCAAGUCAAGUCGAUGAACUGUUAACACUACUAAACCAUAACAACAAUUUGAAAUAUACAUUUGACACUAGUCAAACAAAUAUCCAUUUUUUAGACGUUAAUAUCAUUAUUAAUCAUACACUUAACCGCAUUGAAACAUCGUUAUUUAUCAAAUCGUCAAACACGUUCCAAUACCUGGAAUAUUCAUCAUCGCACCCUCGAUACAUUAUCAAUAACAUCGCCUAUAGUCUAUCAAACAGAAUUAUUCGCAUCUGCUCAUCGAAUACUAAUAAAUGAAAAGCAAAAUAACAACAAUAACAGUUAUUACAAUAUUAUUGUCCCAUAUCAUCAACAACUACCAUCAAUCAAGCAGUUUUUGGGCGAACAAUUUUCUUCAGAACUAUUAACAAAUCACCGUCUCGUCUAUACGUGUUCACCAAAUUUAGGUCGAUUACUAACAAGAUCAAAAUAUCCACCGUCGUUUAGAUUAAUCACACCAACUCCGGAUCCACCACCUACAACCGGCUGCAGUAAAUAUUACGAUCCAAUCUGUGUGACAUGUUUACAUUUAACUCAUAGUUCCUGGUUCUUAUCAACAUCCACAAAUAAAACAUACAACAUCCCAUACCCAUAA